UCCUCACGGCUGCGCAUCUCUAGUAUACUCCGAGGAGCAUGAGUGAGACCCGCUGAUAGAUGUUGAACUGGCUCAAGUGAACACUGCAACACGAGGAGUCAAAGAUCGAGAUAAAGGCGCGCGGACUCAAUCUUUGUGAAGAAGCCGCGUGAAGCUGCGGUUUAGGUUGGAGCGACUUGUUUUGGAGUUUGGUGCGGUUUGUGUACACUUUCUACACUGCAGACCUCAUGAAGAUGACAAAGUAAUCCUCUGGGAGUAGUUUGUAUCAGGGAACUGCUGAUUUUACUACGGGGCUUUUGUAGCCCAGGAGACCACCCUAUACUUCGGACCUGGCUGUGUGUGGAGAAUUACCUAGACAUAUAGCUGAACCGUUGCAGGAGCUGCUACUGAUGCAAAAGCGUGCGAGGAUUUAGUGCAUUUUUGCAUCCCCCUGCCACCAUUUCGUUUCGGACAAAUCAUCACUUGUUUCUGUUUCGUGAGAUCGCUCUGAAGACUGAGGUCAGACCGCCUUCACCUUUCUUUCUUUGUUGUCACCAUUGUGCAAGGACUAUGUUGAUGAAGGAGUACCGCAUCUGCAUGCCUCUCACAGUGGAGGAGUACCGGAUUGGGCAGCUGUACAUGAUCAGCAAGCACAGUCAUGAACAGAGUGAACGUGGUGAGGGGGUGGAGGUAGUCCAGAACGAGCCGUAUGACGACCCCGAGCACGGAUCAGGCCAGUUCACAGAGAAAAGAAUCUACCUCAACAACAAGCUGCCAAGCUGGGCCCGAGCUGUGGUCCCGAAAAUCUUCUACGUCACCGAAAAGGCUUGGAACUAUUACCCAUUCACUAUCACAGAGUACACGUGUUCCUUCCUGCCCAAGUUUUCCAUCCACAUCCAGAGCAAAUAUGAGGACAACAAAGGGAGCAAUGAUAACAUCUUCAGAGGCGAGCCCAGAGAGGAGGAAACAGAGGUGUGUUUAGUGGACAUCGCCUAUGAUGAGAUCCCAGAGCGUCAUUACAAAGAGUCAGAGGAUCUGCGGUAUUUUAAGUCAAAGAAGACCAACCGAGGCAUCCUGCAGGAAGGAUGGCUGGACAGCCAGGACCCCGUCAUGUGCUCCUACAAACUUGUGACUGUGAAGUUCGAAGUCUGGGGUCUGCAAACACGUGUGGAGCAGUUUGUACACAAGGUGAUUCGAGACGUUCUGCUGUUGGGACACAGGCAGGCCUUUGCCUGGGUGGAUGAGUGGAUCGACAUGACCAUGGAGGAAGUCAGAGAGUACGAGCGAGCCACACAAGAAGCUACCAACCUGAAGAUCGGCACGUUCCCCCCAACCAUCUCCAUCACGGAGACCCCGCUGCCAUCUUGCACCCGCAGCGGCCCCAACAGUGCCCCGUCCACCCCCCUCUCCACAGAAGCACCCGAGUUCCUCUCCGUGCCAAAGGAGCGUCCCCGGAAGAAGUCAGCCCCGGAGACCUUAACCUUGCCAGACCCAGGCCGCAGAGAUUCCCUCUUCAAACUACCAAGCUUUUUCUCCUGGAACUCCAGUCCGCAGCCCGAAUGAGAGCCAAGGUUCAGACCCUGGUGAACCUCCCCUCCAGUAGAGGAUGCCUGCCCAGCACAUCCCACAAUGCCCCCCUCAACCAGCUGAAGUGAAGGAGACCUUUCACUGUCCUGGUGACCCCAGCCUCUACAGACGACAGCAAAAGCUCUCAGACUGCCUGAACAGGUGCGCACAGGUAGCCUGAACUCAAAACUCUGCGAGGGUUAAGUCCAAAUAAGAGUCCAACUAAAGCAGGCAGAGGCUCAAACUUCCUCUCUGACAGCUAGGAUCACGCAUCAAACACAACGGAGUCAAAUUAGAUUGAGAGUAGCAUACAUUCCCUUAAAAAGUCCAGAGCAUCACCUUACUUUAAAUCCAAGCUCAGGGUGUGUUGACAGGAUUCAUUCACUGCACAAAAACAUGUACAGACUUUACUUUGACUUCUGCUUUACCUUUAAACAUCAGAGCCUCUCGCUUUGUUAUCUUCAGCUUCUUGUAUCUGCAGUAUUUCUGUGGUUGGGACUUUUUGACAGAUUCUUGUGGGCCACUGUAUCAGUUAAGUAUCGAGGCGAUCACGGUCAGGUGUCAGGUGAUUGUGUGUUCUUGUAUAUACUGUAUGUACUUGAUUUAACCGCUGAAAAUAUCUGCUUUAAAAACAUCAUAUCCAGUGACAAUGCUGCUAUAAAAUUGCCUUUUAUGUAUUUAAGUGGACUUCUCAUCUUCUUUAAGUGUUAGUUGUAGUGAUUUCUGUCAGCCACACUGUCUGUAGAUGACUUCUGUAACUGCAUGACUUAACUCCAAAGACUGCUUUGGAAAUAAUUGUGGAUAAAAAAAGUGUUUUCUUUAUCUUUGCCUUCUUGAUGUGUUUAAAUUAAGAUGUCACAGACAGGUCGUGGUACGUUGAUGUGGCUGCUUUAGAGAGUUAACUGUUUAUUUCUGAGUUAUUCUUGAUGGAUUUUGUAUUCUGUAAAUGAUUAAAUUAAAUAUUGUUGUAAAUAUAA